AAGGAGAUCGCGAAAAUAAAGGUUGGCGAGAGAUUUUCAGCGAGCCGGGAAAGUGCUCUACUUGUGUGAGUGCGAUAUUUUUGAACAGGAUGCGCGCGGCCAGUCCGCGAUUUAUUGCCAAGAUUUCUUCCCGGUACGGUGCGGAGCGGAGGUAGCCCGUCGCCACUCGCGCGCCGCGACCGAGUGCACUCUCUCCCACCCUGCAUCUCAUCGAUGUAGCGAAAAAUAGAGAACGCGCGGCGCCGCGCUUUUUCGCUGGAUACCGCUAUCAGCGGGCAUCGAUCUCCCAGGGCGGGACCCGGUUCCGGCGCAGCAGGAACUACAACCCAGGCCGAUGGGAUCGGCCGGCCUCUGGCGUCAUACCUCGGGCACUUUGGCCCUCCUAGUAGGUCCGCCGCUUCAUCAUCUCGCUGCUGUACUGCUUCACGGCGUAGAAAUUGCUCUUGCAACGCCAAAGCCUUUCCAUGGCCAGGACCUGCGUCGCCGAUCCAAGUCGCCCCGCGGAUUCGCCAAAGCAGUACGCCAUGGGCCGUAUAUGGGGGAUGGAGCGCAGCUCUCCAGAUCAUCCAGCAGGCGACUUCGGGCAGCCAGCUCCAGGUGGCCGGCUUCGGUCACAUCGCCGGCGCAGGAAAAAAGUAUGCUCGGCGGUAAAUGUUGCUUUCCGGGAAAAAGUAUGUAGGCGAACGCCGUACGCCAUUACAUGAAAACGAUCAGCACAAUCAGUACCACACUGCGCGGAUAAUCAUAAUCCGACGAAAGAAACCAAACAAAUAAAAACGCUCAUUAUCUUCGAACGGCUGGCGAGCCUGUGAGCCCAGGCAGAGAAAAGAUAAGGGUAGGCAGUUUGAUAGGUGUGCGAGGGAGGGCCGGGCUCCUCAUCCUCAAUGCCCUACUAUGUAUCUACUUGCCUGAAAAUUGGGCAAGCGCCCCGUCUCGGCUAAACGCAGCCCGACUCGGUCGCGCGAUCCCCGACGUUUCCGCUUCUUCCUCUGGACGCUUUCACCUAGCGCUGCACCGAGUCAGGGGGGCGCAGUAGUAACGUGCAGAAGCCAAGUGCUGGCGGGUACUGCCGCGGCCAGCUUGUGUCCGCGUUCCGAGCUGGGGACCAAGUGCAGAUCCUCGCUCGGGGAACAAACGCGAGCGGUGCAGCCGCAGAGCACUGCGCGAGGCGUAGGGCCCGGAGCAUCUACAUAGCUACGUCGCAGCCCCUUCAGCCGACAAGGGCCGGCGCCGGCCCACGUACCCGCGACGUCCUCGGCCGGGGGUCGCUCGCCCGUGAAUCACCGCGCACGUGCACGGUCCGGCAGAAAAUGCGCCGCGUGCUUCUGGUUGCGGCAUAGCUUUGGCGGGCUGAGUGGCCCUAGCUUUCCGCACGAGCAGCGCACAGCGCAGCCUUGCAGCCAGUCCCACAUCCGGGCGCCCGACGGCACGCGUGGGCGCUAGAAGGCCGGGGCCGCCGCGCCUGCUCUAGGGAGGAAGGAGGCCAGGCGGCCGAUUCUGUGGGGAGCGUUCCGGAUUACAGGCCGGGACAUCACAGGCGGCUACAGGUCGCUGCGCAGAUGCUCCGUUGCGCGUUUUAGGGGCUUCGGCUGCCGAAGCGAGGCCCCAUACAAGACCAUGCGCGGAAUACGAUUGACGAGGGACCUCGCGCUAAGCCGGUACUGCGGCCGGAGGGGAGGACGCUUCCAGGGGUGCGCGCCUCUCGUAACCCGCGAAAACGCGGAGCAAGGACAUCACACAGGAGCGGCAAGCCACAAAAGCCCUCACGUGGCUAACCUUUCGUACGGAAUCAAAGGGCGCCCCCCGCGUUGCGGGGGCGCCGGGGUGGUCGCCCUGCAGUCGCCUUCCCGCGAUUUCGCGUUCGUUGUGCGACGAGAACUGCGCGCGGGGUCUUGUCGCCGCACUCAUGAGUGUGGGCGCAAUCUUCACCCCAGUUCGCUCUCCGUCUCCCUUAGCUAGUAGUGGGCCUAAGAACGGCAAGGCCUCCGGCCGAGUGGGGGGGCAGGCUCUCUCGUUCAGGACGCGGCGCGGUCCGUGUUGCCAAUGGAGACAAGUGAAGUGCGCGGCCCUUCCUGCGAUGGAUGGGAGUGGUAUCAGGGUCGUGCAUAGUCGCUGGUAGGCUUUGCCUACCUUCUUCCCCAUCGCUGUCCGAAUAUGCGCCCUGCCGCCAUGACAGGACGACGCGAGACACUCACUUGAUACAAAUUACACGCUCACUAUCUCCGAACGGCUGGCGGGCCUGUGAGUCCAGGCAGCGAAGGCCAGGGGAGGUGGUUUGAUAGGUAUGGCAUGCAGGGCCGGGCUCCUCAUCCUCACUGCCCUACGUACUAUGUAUCUGCUUCCUUGAUGGCUAAAAAAAGAACUUGGCAAGCGCCCCGUCUCUCCUAAACGCCGCCCGGCCCGAUCGCGCGAUCGAAAUUCCCCCAACCCUCCCGCGCUGGAGUGGUAUCAGGAUCGCGCAUAGUCGCUGGUAGGCCUUGCCUACCCUCUUCCCCAUCGCUGUCGGAGUAUGCGCCCUGCCGCCAUGACAGGACGGCGCGAGACAUGUGACACAAUUACAAUCUACGCGGAGCUUCCUGACUCGGCAGCAAGUGCCUUACUUUCGCAGUCUCGCGCCCUACUUCCGCCUCGUGCUCUUCGUCGCGUGUCGUCUGUGCCUGGAACUCGUUUCGCAUCAGAAACCACACACGCAGCACGCACCCCGCCACGCCUUCCCCCCCGCAAGAAUCGCACGGCACUCGGGGGCGGCGCGCCCUCCCGUAGUGCUUGCAAAUGCUAAGGGCCCAGCCCCGGUUGUAGCGGAGAGGCCCACCCGGUGAGUCUCCCCGCUAAAGCGCCAGGGUGCUGGGUGCUGGUGACCAGCAUUCUGGCGCUUCAGCUCGGGGCGAGCCUAGCAGCCCGGCCCGCGGCACUCUGGAGCUUUAGCUUGGGACGCCUUCUGCUCUAGCCAAGCCCCCUCCCUCUAGCCCGCGCAGCCGGGCCCAUGCCCUUUGCGGCCUUCCCCCUGCUCGUUGCGCCCCCGCGCUCCGGCCUCGCGGCCGCACCCCUGCCGCUAGCGGCCAGGAGCGCGCCCCCUCCUCGAAGGGCCGGAGCUUUCGGGGACCUUUGUUUCCAGAAGCGAGCCCCGACGAGUCUGGGCUCCUCAGCUGCUACGUUCUCAGCUGUUCCGUAGCGAGCUAGUGACGUUUGAUCAUUUUAGCUAGUUAUACCCAGCGGGAGCGAGAACUAUUAACUUUUUUGCACAAAAUCUAUCGCGUUUGUUUGUGGCUGCGUGCCUUCCGGGGGGCCUUCCUUCUGCGGGUGGUCGCGAGUUAUCAACUCCGGAGUCCCACUCCAGCGCGACAAGCCAGCUGCUCCCGAGCCCCAGGAGGCGGGCCUUUGUAGGUAUUAGAGAGAGUUCAUGCGUCAGGCGGGCAGACUUGUCAUGCUGGAGGCGGGAUUUUGCAAUUCAUAUUCAUUGCAGGCGAGCAACCCACACCCAGGAGCUUGGGCGAGAUGUUGCGUCGGGCCACAGGCAGGAAGAAAGAGGAGGCGGAGGACGCGCCGACUUCUCGGCCAAUCUACAGGCAAGCGCGCGAGCAGCCUAGUGAUGUCCACUCGAGCCACUGAGAUUCUGUCACACUGAGACCGUGCCGCGCAGAGGGCUUUUGAAGCAAAUUUGUUGAACAGAACGCACGAGAGUCAGAACGUAGAGAAACGCUGCGCAAGAACUAAGAAAAACGAAAGAAAAAGUCAGCAGAGGCGUGCUACAAGUGCAAGACUGUAGCUCCCGCAAGCCUCCCGCGCAGACAGGAGGUGGCGAGGAGUCCCGAGGAGGCUUGCGCCGGGUUCAGUGGACUUAGCGCUCUGCGGUCCUGGGACGUUGGUUCACUCUGCAACAGAAGGAAGUUUAUUGGUGGCGCAGGACGGAGCUAGUUUGGAAGCGGGGGGCUCAAUAUGCAAAGGGGAUUGCCGGCCACCCUUAAUUGGUAAGCCCCGACGCGCCUCCGGCUUACGAUCCCAGCCCCCCCGCCCGCCCUUCGCUUCUGUUGCAGAAUAAGGCAAGGGGCUGCACUAAGACGACCGCCACGCACACGCCAAGCCUUUAAGUUGUCGCUGUGCCCCAGGUGGGUUGCCCGUCAGCAGUGCCAAACAGCUGGCCAAUGGUUUGACGUCUACGGUCCGCGCGCUUGCCUUUUUCGCCCGUGCCGCAGGGAAGGCACAAAUGGCCCAGCCUCCCCUGUCCGGGUGGGGUUGCGGCUUAAGGGAGAGCCUCGCCCCUUAACCCAAAGGGGUGCGUCGCCUCUUCCGUGAGAGCAAAAACUUAUGGCGUAAAAUGGGUCGGGUCCUGGGUCGUUCUGAAUGUUGGGCUGUCGCGCUCGGCUAGCUGGCCGGGCAGGCUGUACUGAUCAGGCGUGGUGGGUAGCUCCCGACUGGUUGGCACUUUUCUUGGGGCGACUUGCCGUGGUAGCGCUCGGCUUUUGUAUGAUGAGGUCGCCGAAAGUGCUUCCUCGCCCACCCCCCGGGGAGGGGAUCCUUGACCUGUGGCGCUGGGAGCGGGUGUCCAUUACAUGAUGACGAUGAUGCAGCUGCAGGCUCCGGAUUUCCGCCUUGCCGCUCCCUGGAUCCAGCCGUCCGCCGCGAUUCCAAAAAGCACAGCUUUAAUUAAAAAAACUAAUAUUUUUAGCUGCCGCGGUGUAUAGCUAGUUAAAAUGAUCAAAAGUCGCUACCUCGCUGCGUAACAGUUGAGAAUGUAACAGAUGAGGAGGCCAGAACGAAGGCCCCGGGGUUCGAUUGUCGGCGGCCCGAGCCUUUUUCGCCAUCGGGCCCGGGGCUUUUUCGUCCAAAGCCAGAAGGGGCUGGCGGUCUCGGCGGCCUGUGCGUCGUAGGAAGGGUUUGUUUCCGGGAAUUCCUGAAGCGCCGGGCCCGUGCCGGCGUGGAGGCUCGGGCCCCAGCGGCAGGGGGCCUGUUUCCGGGGUCGGGGGCUUCGGGAGUCCCGGGGCCAGAUUGCAUCGCUUCCCCCCCCGUAAAGUCGGGCCGGCUUGGGGCCCGAGGGAAGGGUUGGCCGGAGACUCCGGAUCUUCAAUGGCUCGCGGGAUCUGGAUGGGGGCCGAUGCUUUGCAGGAGGCCCACUGUGCGAGGCACGCCUCCCCCUUUGUGUGAACAAGGCCCGGGAAAUCGGCAGCCCGUUUGUUGGAGCCACAAAGGGCCCCGCGGAAUGGGAGUCGGAGCGUCCGGGGACGAUGGUGCCUCGAGGAAGGGCGGGCGCGCGAUCAUUCGGGGGCUGCAGGGUCCGUUCCCGAGACAUUGCGGCGCCCCUCGGACCUGGGGGCCCGGAGGGUUUUGGCCGGAAGUUGUGGCCGGGACCUUUGGCCGGUGUUUUCGUUCGGGGGGGGGGGGGGGGUUGCGGCAGGAGGUUGUGGAAGGUGGGCACGAAAAUCCCAAGGAAUAUAUAAUCUGCCGGGUGCUUCGAAAAAGGCGUCGGGAGUUAGAAACUACGUCUUGCCCGCCGGAAAGCACCCACAUCGCACGCCAAUCACAAAGCCGGUCGAACCUGCUGAACUUGUCAAGCAGCGGGCGCUGACGGCGGGAUUGGUUGAGAGCGUUGCGGCUGCGUCAAAGAUAGCCACGGCACAAUCUCCAGAGCCGGUUAAAAUAAUGAUCGGCAUCCCAACGUUCAAUCGCAUUGGGUACGUGCGGUUCCUAUCCGAGGUUCUGAGCCAGCACUUGGCCGUUAACGACAUUCCGAAACGCAAUCUGUACAUCAUGGAUGACAACAGUGACCAGUACUCGUUGGUAGAUCUGCAGCACUGGUUUGGUUUGCCGGAGAGCCACGUGCUCAGCUCGAGGCAUUUACUUGCGACCGAUGAACAUAUGUUGAAAAAUCAACAUGUGAAGCAACUAAAGGCUGAUAUAACGACCCACCUCUUGGCUCGGUUUUUUUUCGAUCAGCGCCCGGAAUACGAAGCGCUUCUGCUGCUGGAUUCCGACAUGGUUCCCGCGAAGGGCAUUGGCCUGGCGAUGCAGCAGAUUCUAGGCACGUGGAAUUCACAGGCGGGGGAGGUCCGGGCGGCACCACCGUCGGCGUUGUUUGGCAAAGAUACUAGGCACAGUGGCGUUGUUAGUCCGGCAGAUGCCUCUUCGGAGAGAAACGAAACCGGAAAAAUGUGCAUCCUAUCGUUGUUCAACCCGUCACACAAGCUGAAUUGGCACAAACCGAUUGCGGCCCUUGCGCCCAGCCCAAGUAUUUCGACUAUCCAGCGCAAACGUGGCACUUCAAACAGUUUGUCGGAGGUCAAAAUGAUCUAAUAGAAAAACUAAAACACUUGCAGCGUUGUAUGUAGUGAGGUCACGAGCGUUCUAAUCUAGCGGCUUUUUUGCCAGGCAUCGCGCAAAACGACCGGCAGUUUUCAAGCGGGCGGAAGUGUUUUUUGACAAAAAAGAUUUUCAAUGAUCAAGCGGCCGGGGCUUUGAUAUCAAACAAGCCCGGUCGAAGGCUAUCGACUCGCACGGGAUAAAACGAUGCAGGGGAGCCGGCAAAAGGGGCGCCCUUCCGAGGCUCCCAGCGCACCUAUUUCCGUCGAUUUGGGCCGCCCAAAAAGGGGCGCCGGAAAAAUGCCAAGGCGAAAAACAGCGCGAAGCCGCAUGGCAUGGGCCCCAUUUUGGCUCACUUUUGAAGGUCGCGAGGCCGGCCACCAAAAUCUGGCAUUUGUAAUGCGGGGAACAGGCCAAACAGUGCGACUUUUCAACAAAAAAAACCCAAAGAAGCAAAGUCCGCAAAAAUCUGAAAGCCAAUCCGCAUGCUGAAGCCUUUAGCGUCGGGCCUUUAAAAGGCCCGACUCGGGGCGCCCAGGGGGUUGGCGCUGGUGGAGGCCUUGGCGGGGCCAUAGCUUAGCAGGUGGGCGAGGCUUCCGGGCUUGGGAGACGCGAAGGCGGAGGCCUGUGGCUGUGAUUUCUGCCAUCCGCGACACCAUGAUGCGGAGUAAUAUUUUACGCGACGGAAUACUCGAGGCAAACAACGCGACUACUUCGCUCAUUAGUGGAAUGCGCGAGAACAGUAAGGAAAAUGGGGGCGGGCAGUCACAAAAAUCGCCUUGACCUCACUACCCUCGAUGGGGCGGCUAUUAUUGGUAAGACUAGCAGGCUUCGGAGGGGGGUUCUAUUGGUCCUCUGUUUUCCAGAAAGGUGGCCGCGUGCGUGCCGCGAGCAAACCGCCUUCGUGUGUUUUUGCCGCGCAGCGUAUGGGCGAACUUUUUGCAGUCCCGCCGGUGUGCCUUAGGCGCUUUCGUACUCGGGCGCGUUUAAUCGGAAGGGUGUGCGUGGUGGGCCUCUGUCGCGGGCCCCGCUGGAAUUUGUUCGGACGCCGGCUUUUGUUAGCGGCUUGGGCUGCGUUAUUUUUGGUCGGGGGCACGCGCUGGCGGCCGUCGGGGGCGGGUCGGGAAUUAUUGCAAUAGCCACCACAGUGCUCUUGUCAGUGCGCGCGACAAUUUGCAUUCAGAUUAGUCUGGUUUGACUGCGACCCCUUUGGGGCCGCAGUCACAUUGUCGCGGCCUGCUUGCUGUGAAACUAGUGACGAGGCAGCGCGGGCAAGGCGUGGGGCACCGCAUGCAACGACGCAGCCCAAAGGGUUGGUCGCUGCUUGGAACCGCCUGCCCUUGUGUUAUCACCUUGGGCCCGGGCGUAGGUUUUUACCAGUACCACGCCACGGCAGCGGCGCUAUGUAUCAAGGCAGCCCCGCCAUGCUUUACGGCCUUCGAACGCCACGGGCCCCGGCAGGCGGAGGCCUGAAAUAUCGUGAGGCACAGAAUUGGGAAGUCGCCGAGCGGCCCAGUCCAUCUAGAGAGUGGCCGGCGCCGGCCCGGCCCGGUUCCCCAGGACCAAGAGAUCGCAAAGCACUGCCCAUCCAUGACAAAAACUCAAGCUCAGCGCGGAACUUCACGGAUAUAGCAGUAUUAGUAGUAGUAGCACUAGUAGUACUAGUAGUACUAGUAGUAGUAGUACACAGCGCCAUGUGUAUCUUUCUGGCACUAAUUACAGGGAGUGGGGCGAGUUCGAAUGCUUUUAGGUCGUGACUGGAAUAGCUGAGGGGGUCUGUGGGUUUGGCGAUCACCAUAAACAGGAUGCGACGCUGCAACAGGGUGGUUCCAUUUUCUUGCGUGAAUUUGUUGCGCGAAGGCCCAGGCGAUAACUGGCCCAGCGUGGCAGGCCCGCGCUUGUGCGUGCGCGCGUUCAUCCGAGCCCGAAGCCCGCAAUAAUAUUACCCCGGGGGGGUCAGAAAGACAUGCUUACAUUGGAUAGCGAUUGCUUUGGAGCAGAAGGAGUCAGGCGGGGCCGCAGGGCUGGUGUUGACGCGACACGCUGCGCGAACCCUGUUGCAUGCUGCUGAGGACGCGCUCCGCAAAAUUCGCAAUAGAGCAGGCGGCGACACUGUAAGCAGCUACCAAUUCGACUGGUCCAUGGUUGCAGCCGCGCAGCGCACGGGCUGGAAGUUUGUUGCGCCAAGACACUCGCUGCUUUUCCAUAUCGGCAUGUAUGGGCAGCACGUCGGACACCUCUAUAAUGGUGGGAGCGGGAGCGUAGGUGGAGUGCAGACGGAAGAAUUUCCGCUAAGCGAUACUAAAAGAAAAAGCGCCCCAGCCCGCGACUUGCAAAGAAUUUCCUUCCGGCCCUCGGUCGCUUCUGAAUGCAGGCCCGUGGAGUCGUUGCAUGAGAGAGCCGAUCCAGUGCAAAAGUGUCGCACUCGUAUAAACCCGAGGCCGGGCGCCAGCUCUCAACUAGCUACUUGGCGAGGAGGUGGCUCCGAAGUUGGUGCGAAUCCGGCAAAGAGGUAGUAGGCUGAGAAGCAGAAGUUGGCAAGCGAUUGCGCUGUAAUUCGUGCACGUUGCGCGCGUUCGCAGUUUUUGCAUAUACUGGCAAAAAGCGCGCACGGGCUUGCAUGCGGAUGCGAAGCCGCUGCGUGUAGAUGCGCGAGCCCGGGCGCAGGCCCUAAGUGGGCCCGCUGGGCUCGUUGUUGUCGGGCCCGCCCCCGUGGCCGGUUCCGCUUUUUUGAAUGAACUUGGAGUUUCUCCAAGUGUGCACAGGACGAUGUGCGCAUGAAAAUGAGUUUGGCUAGUUUCCCCGAUGUCCUACUACGGGCCCCGCUCCACCGCCAUCUCUCCUCUUCCUCCACGCCUCCCUUCCUCUUUCCGUCACGUCCCGGUCUUCAUCCCGGUCCAGCGGCCGUCGCAGCAGGGCUCUAGGGCUUCGAAAAGUUAAGGGCUCCUAUUUUGGUUUUAAACUUGGAAAAGCCCCCGCCGGCCCGGCGGGGGCCCGCGCUAGCGCAGCCCGCCAGCUGCGCUGUUAGAUGCGAAAGGCGCGGUCGCGGGCCCUUCGGCGGCCCGCGCUUGGCCGCUUGGCUGCGUUUUUCGGGUGCCGCCCCGCCUUCGAAGUCCAGAGCGGAAGAACGCUCGGCGGCGAACGGACCGACUUUGUUCGUCGAAUUGCAGGCAGACGCCCCUCUUUUGUCUCAUGCGAAAACCCGAAAAAGCACAGGCCAGAGGGAAAGCGGGCCGCCGCUGUUGGUUGGCCAUCCAUGUGCAGCGCAUGCAAGGGACAUUGGCAAUAGCCUCGAGGCCGCCUCGGGGGCCGCCUUGGCUUGCGUAUACCUACAGACGAGAAGGGCAACGGGCCGGGGGCGUAAGCGAAUGUAUGAGGCCGCUACUACUCGCCACGCCUGGGGAUCAGCCUGGCCCCCUGGGCUCGUUGUUGUCCAUUCUGGCCGGCUGCGGGCCCCGCUUGCAAAUCCGGAAAAGGCGCGGGCCCUUCGGCGCCCCGCGCUAGUGCAGCCGGCUGCAUUUUCAAACCAACGCCCAAAAGCCGCGCCCGCCCGCGGAGCCUUCGGGGGCCCACGCAUAUGCGCUUGGCCGCGUUUUCCGGGUGCCGCCUCGCCUUCGACAUCCGAAGCGGUUGCGUUUUUUCUGCUUUCCCGCUUUGCUUUUCGCGCUUUGCCUUUUUGCGUUUUGUUCGCUGUAUCUGUUGCGCCUUGCCCGCAGCAGGCUGAAGCCCCGAAGUAGGCGCCUAAGGAAUUAGCUAAGGGGCGCCCAGGAAUCCCCGGGGAAAGUUGUUGCGGGGCCUCUAGGAAGUCCCUCGGGAGGUUGAGAAGAUGUCGAGGUAGGGCCCCGCCGCAAGCUUCUUCAAGGCCGCCGCCAAGCAUAAAAGCCUGCAGGCGCAGGGGCCUCGCUGUUGCAAGUGGCCGCGUAGCAACAAAACCUACCCAAAGCGGUCGGCCUUAAAGUAGUUUCGUCGUAAUUGUAGAACGCACUUCGCGGGCUUCUUAAAUUGCAACGCUUGGCGGUGCCACUUGCAAAAAAAAACGGCUUCGCAAGUUCCUGGAAAGCCGCGAGCACCUACUCAGCUGCUACCAUUUUUGCAUCUCGCCGUCGCCUUAUCGCCUUGCUUAUCGCCCUCGCCCGAGCCGGAUUUGUUCCCGCCUGAGUGUGUCGACAUGGCGACUUCUCGGCCCCCCCGAGAGAUUUUUUUCCUCGUCUUUCUCGACCGUUUUGCGCAUACGUACGUAGACCUCCUAGGGUUUCGGCGCCUAGGGGAUUAGGGCCGGAGCGUUCUCAGCACUGCUGAAGCAUACGAAGAAAAUGGGUCGCACGCCCUGGACUUCAGUUUGCGCAUGCCUUCUCCCUUGCUUUUUGGCGAUCGUUUUUGCACUAAGGCCUCCUUUUUUGCUUGCCUCUUGUUCCCCGGGCCCAACUGGCGCCAAGCAGUUUUUUUCUCCUAGGUCCUAGGUUUAGGUAGGCCGCCGCCGCUGCCGUCUCGGGAUGGCUGCCGCCGCGCCCGUCUCUCCUCCGACCCGCAAGCCACUGCUCCUCCGUCUUCGCCGGCUGCUAAAGAUCGAUCCGGAAGGGUUUGGCUUAGGCUUCAGGGUUUAGGUUAUCCACUUUCACCAUCUCCUGCCAGCAUUGGCACGGGGGGCGCAGUGUUUCAGUUUUCCCGGGUGCGACACUCAUGCGGUGAAUGGGCCCAAGGUCUUUCAUGCGCCGCACCGCGGCACGCGUCCGCGGCCUCUAUUGCCGGGGACUUAAUGCAAGCGCGCACGACAGCGCCCGCGGCCCGUCUCCAACUAUGAUCAGGGCGCUCGGUUGCGGGGCCAAAGCAGAACCGUAGAAAGGACGGACGGGCAGCAGGUCGGAGGGCUCCGCGCAGGCAGGUGAACAUAAGAGGCAGGGCGCCCACUUCCUCCUCCGGCCACCGGGGAGGCUUGCGCCCAAUUGCUUUGCCGGCCCAGUUUUUGGCGCGUGUUUUUUUCCCUACGCCGGGCAAGUGCUGUUGCAGGCGGUUGCCUUUGUGCGAAGUUGUCUCGUUUUGAGAAGGCGCGAAUGGCCGGCGUGUCUUUCCCUUUGAAGGCACCGCAGGGCAGGACAAAUAAAUUUUUUUCGCGCAAAGCCUACGACCGCUGCGCCAGCCGCCUCCCCUGAUGCAGCCUUUUCCGUGCCAAAGUAAGGCUGGUAGGCCGGCGAGGAGGUGGCAGUCUUGACGGCCGCCAAACGGACGGCCGCGCGCCUCCGCAUCGAAAAAAGAAAACGAGCCGCGCCCGCGUGUGGGUCUGUCUGUGACGCGGCUAGCGGCCGACGCCGAUCCAGUGCAUGCACGAACGCAAACGCGAUCGGGGACCUGUGGCGCGCAGAUGAUCCCUGGCACUGGGUCGCCUGAUAGCUGAUAGCCUUGGGGCCCGCACUUCUUUCUAUUGUUGAAGCGGCCGCGGCGUUGCGUCCGUCUCUUCGUCGGGCAGCAGGGGCGCUUUUCGGCAGUAUAAAGACGCAGGACCCUUUUGUGCGAAGGGGCAUCGAUUUUUACUACAACGAGAAAGCGAACCCAAACGAAGGCGAGGGCCGCCAUUUCUCCGACACGGCCGACACCGAACCGAGUCCGCUCCGUGUCACAUACACCGGACGGACGAGGUCGGCAGGGGGAAGAAAGGGGGCCCGACGCGGCGGUGACUGAACGCGGGUAAGGAUGACGGCGCGAAGGUCUCCCACAUGUGGCAGCGACUUCCGCCAAGGGUUUCCAUGUUGUGGAAGACAAUGGAUUGGCGCGCGAUCGAGCAGACGAGCCGGUCGGAGCAGUUCCCCUCAACAGGGGCCACCAGAAGCGAUCUCCGGCAAAUGAUCGGGGGGCGAUACAACGGGCGCGCUCCCUAGAAGCCACCAAGUGGCACGACGCGAGAGCCCGCCGUGGCUUCUUCGGCGUAGCUUAGUCGGUGGCGUGCCGCCCUCUUAUCUACUCCUCAGUGAGCUUCUUGAGUUUGUUUAUCCAAACCAAAAAACAAAACCAAAAACGAAUGACAGGAUAGUUAAUUGGUGCAAAACAAAUGACAGGAAUGCGUCAAAAGAUCGAUGCGCGAUCUUUCAUCUUCAUCAGGCCAGGUCCAAAAUCAAAAUGUAUCUGCAUGCAUGAUGUCGCCUCGUAUUAAAGUCCAAAACAGUUUCAAGCUUGACUUAUAU